UUUUUUGUACAUUAAAGAUACCAUUUAGGUUAUGAAAAUAAAUUGACGAGUGUUAAAAAUGUCUUUUCUAACCGAAUACUUCGAUGAGUACCGGCAGCAUCCUAUAAGAAAAACUAAAAUGUGUCGCCCUGAAAACCGAUGGGCGAAAUUAGAAGGAAAAUGGCUGGAUCCGAGAGUAGGAUCGGAAGAUAAAGCGUGGACGGAAGAGGAAAUUGAGCAGUUCAUCAAAUUGACAAUGAGGAGUCUGCGCGGCCAGUCCACGUAUUACAACGACUUCUGCGGCCACUUAUCUCCUGAAUUUAAAACCAGAGAAUUCAAACCUCGAGAGAAGAAACGUCGUUCGUGCAAGUCCGAAGAAGUUGCAGUGGAAGAGGUGUCGGUGCCGCCGGCGCCAAAGUUUGCUAUGAAGGACACUGAGCUGAUGAAGCUGGCUCGUGAGCUGUACGAGCGGGACAUGGACAAACCGACGUUAGAACCGCUGCCCACGCAUACCAGGAUUCUCGGCUACGUCCGACCUUGUCUAUACAAAACUGGCAUCAGUGAAUACCAGCAGAGCAUAGCGCGUUUAGCUUACGAAAUGGUUCGGGACGAUCGCAUACCACGAUACUAUGCGCAUAAUGGCUGCAGGCCUCGAUGGGGACUGCCGCCUGAGGGUACCAGGCAACCAGAACUCGAUGGAGCUCCGUAUGACGGUGAAAGAUUGUACUAAGAUCUGUUGAGAUGAAAAACCGAAACCAGUUGGUGUUACGCCAAGAAGAAAUCCAUACUGUUACUCGAAGUAGCACGCGCCCCGUCGCGUUGCCCGCUCUGCAUCGUUAUGUUAUUAUAUUUUUGUAUUGA